UAUCGCCACCGUGCGGUUGCACCGGGAAUUUGUGGACGACGUCUUUCUGUGCGAGGAAGAUGCUGUUUGUCCAUUGACUUGGAGAGUGACGUUCGUUCAAGCGAGUGAAAGUGUUUGAAGGAUGAAGCUGCCAAAGACGGAGCCCUAUUUUCGUUGAGUGUGUGCUACGCCUGCAGAGCUCGCCUGUGGGAGCCUGUGUCGUAGCCACCUGCAACAUGUUGCUGAAGGAGUAUAGGAUACCACUGCCCCUCUCCGUAGAAGAGUACAGAGUCGCGCAGCUUUACAUGAUUGCCAAAAAGAGUCGAGAAGAAACCAAAGGAGCAGGAAGUGGUAUAGAAAUUCUGGUGAAUGAGCCUUAUCUCGAUGGGCCUGGAGGUGCUGGACAGUACACUCAUAAGAUAUAUCAUAUUGGAAGCCAUCUUCCAGGCUGGUUCAAGGCCUUACUGCCAAAGUCAGCACUUACAGUAGAAGAGGAGGCAUGGAACGCGUACCCUUACACCAAGACAAGGUACACCUGUCCGUUUGUGGAGCGUUUCUACCUGGAGAUUGAAACAAAAUACUACGGGGAUGCUGGCGAACAAGAAAACGUUUUUCAGCUCACCGGAGCGGAGCUACGCAAUCGGCAAGUUGAUGUGAUUGACGUUGUGAAGGACCAGCUGCAGGGCUCAGAUUAUGUGCGAGAAGAAGAUCCUCGGACAUUUGUGUCAUCAAGGACAGGCAGGGGACCCCUGGAAGAAGAAUGGAUUCAGGAGAUCGUGGACCAGCGGAAGGUUGGGCAGAAGGAGGAUGCCAUUAUGUGUGCCUACAAGCUGUGUCGUGUGGAGUUUCGUUACUGGGGCAUGCAGAGCAAGAUUGAGAAGUUUAUUCAUGAUGUGGCACUCCGAAGAACAAUGCUGCGAGCCCACCGUCAAGCCUGGGCCUGGCAAGACGAGUGGGUGGGCCUCACAAUGGAAGACAUUCGGCAGAUUGAACGCGAGACUCAGGAAGCAUUGGCAAAGAAGAUGGCGACAGAGGCAAGGAUCUCCCCAGAGGAAGAUGAGGGUGCCCUGGCCCACUCGUGUUCUGCAUCCAGCAUUCCCAAGGUGGACUUGAAUGUCAUUGACAAGGACAAUGAGGUAACUGUUGCAGACCCUGCAGUACCUCCAAGGUCACGCUUGAAAGGUCAGAGCCCAGCAAGAGAUAUCCCAAACCUUCCGGCUCCACCAAGUCCGAGGAUGUCGGCAGACGGGCGUCACAUAGGCAGGAAGUCUUGGGUCCGAAGCAAUUCUAAGGGAGCUCUUCAUUCUCCAAGUGGUAGCUCUACCCAGAGUUUCGAGCUGCAGCUUUCCAACUGGAGGAUGGAAAGCAUUGUUCGAGAAUCUGACAGCAGCUCCAAUGAGGAGUUCUUUGAUGCUGAAGAUGAGUUCGGAAUCUGUCCGAUGACCAAGUGGAGUUCCUUGGAAAUGAUACCUGUGGAAAACGAAAAGGGACCUACAGCAAUUUUCGGUGGAGCAUCAACUCCUGAUGGUAGACACUCUGUAUUCUUCCUAAUUUUUCUGUCGUUGCCUGUUCAAUUUUGUCGUAGCUCUAGAAUUGUGCUCCUCCUCCAUUUAUGGCAUACCACAGAAGACAGCAUCUUCAGUGCAUCCCACAUCCGACGGACCCAAGUUACGACCUACGAACUCCAGCAGCGCUCCACCAGCUCGUCUGCUCCAGAGUCUCCAACUGCGUCUCCUGCACACAACCAGGGGGCACCUUGCCCUACCUCAGUGCUGGUGCUAGUACUGCAUGCAGGCAAUGUACUGGACUCUGGAGCUGCAGAAGCAACCACUGGGAGCAAGGCAGCUGACCUUGCGACUUUUACCUCUGCAAUGGAGUCUGCUGUAAGACAGCACUACCCCAGCAUGGCCGGACGUAUUGCACUGCGACUUGUUCCGUGCCCAGCCCCGUGUUCCGAAGCACUAGCAGUAUUAUCAAACUUAAGCCCUUACAGCUUUCAGGCAUCACCGUCAGCCGUAGAUGGAAGCACAUUCCGCCACCAGGACUCAAUUCCUUUGGGUGCUCUUCCACUUUUUGCAAUAUCAUCUCCAGAAUACCCCGAUCACAUUUCACGGAUGGUCAGUUCAGCGAACCAGGCUUACCACGACUUUCUUAAGUCUGAGCAGGGUCUCGGAUUUACGGGACAGGUGGCAUUGAUCGGAGACAGCAUGGGAAGUGUCCUUGGCUUUGACGCUCUUUGUCGAACCAACCAAAUGAAUAGCCGUUAUGGCAGUGAGAACAGUAUAAAUGAGGAUCCUCAGGCAUCAAGUACAGUGGCACAAGCCUCUAGUCAACUUCAGAGCAGCAGCACUGCGGUGACGCCACGGCCGAACCCCCUCAUCUCAAUCAGUGACGGCAGCGGAAACGAAGACGGGGAGGAUAUGGGGAUGGAUAUUUACAAGAAAACUUCAGCAACAACAACACCACAGAGUACAACACCGUCACGAACUUACCGCAAGUCGGCAUCUCAUCCACCUGAUGCUGCAUCAGCGGCAGAAGGUUCUGUAGAAGGCACUGCCGGAAUAAUCUCGAUCCACAGGUUGCUCAGUGCUCCUCCACCAAGGAGGUCCAGCUCAUGUUCAAGCGAACAGGGUGGCCACGGACGUUUUGACUUUGAGGUCACAGAUUUUUUUAUGUUUGGCUCUCCCAUAGCUCUGGUCCUUGCCUAUCGAAAGAUGCUCUCAUUCGAUGAGAAAAAUGCCCCAUUGCCAAGGCCGCAGUGCUCUCAGGUGCACAACCUUUUCCACCCCACGGAUCCACUGGCUGCCCGUGUGGAGCCUCUUAUUAGUGCUAGAUUCUCUCAGCUUCCUCCCGUUAAUGUGCCACGGUACCAGAAGUAUCCGCUGGGAGAUGGACAGCCGUUGCAUCUUUUGGAAUACCUGCAGAGCCAUGCUCACGUCUUUGUGGAGGGUGCAUCAACGUAUCAGUCUGGUUAUGCUUCCAUGGGGCGUCGAACCAGCGAAGCCAGCAUUGCCAGCACUGUUUCUGGUGUCUCUGAGACGCUUCCUUUAAGCACCAUCACUGCAUUGACACAAAAGUGGUGGGGAAGCAAACGUUUGGACUACGCCCUGUACUGCCCAGAGGGUUUGGCCAACUUCCCAGCGCACGUUCUACCUCACUUGUUCCACUCCAGUUAUUGGGAGUCCAUGGAUGUAGUUGGGUUUAUUCUGCGCCAACUCAUACGCUUCGAUGGCCUGGUGCAAGCUUUGGACCCGGUCUCGGGCGAACGGGAAGCUACACCUUUUGUGCCGGGACAGCCGAGAGAAAAAUGGCUUCGUAAAAGAACUUCUGUUAAGAUAAAGAACGUGGCUGCCAACCACAGGGCAAAUGAUGUGAUAGUAAAAGAAGGAGAUCCACAGGUGUUGACCGCACGUUUCAUGUACGGCCCGCUGGAUAUGGUGGCGCUCUCGGGAGAAAAAGUGGAUGUGCACCUCAUGAGAGACAGCGGGCAGUGGACACUUCUUGGCACUCAGGUCACAGAUCGUAACGGGCGGCUGACUUGCACCGUGCCCAAGGACAUGGCUCUGGGUUACGGCAUGUUUCCGGUCAAAGCUGUUGUGCGAGGUGAUCACACAGCCAUCGACUUCUUCUUGGCAAUAGUACCACCAAAGACUGAAUGUGUUGUGUUCAGUAUAGAUGGCUCAUUCACUGCGAGCGUGUCUGUGUCGGGAAGGGACCCCAAAGUUCGGGCAGGUGCUGUGGACGUUGUUCGUCAUUGGCAGGAGCUGGGCUACCUCAUCAUCUACAUCACUGGCCGUCCUGAUAUGCAGCAGCAGAGGGUCGUGUCCUGGCUGGCUCAGCAUAAUUUUCCUCAUGGCUUGGUCUCGUUUGUUGAAGGAAUUUCCACUGAGCCCUUGAGGCACAAGGCAAAUUACCUCAGACAUCUCCAAACGAAUGCUGAAUUGCUAUUCCACGCUGCUUACGGGUCUGCAAAGGACAUUGCGGUGUAUGCAGCCCUUGGCUUGACCAAAGAAAGAAUAUUCAUUGUGGGAAAAGUUUCAAAAAAGCACCACUCCAUGGCCACGGUCAUCUCCGAAGGCUACGCUUCUCACCUCUCGGACCUCAAGUCACCUGGCAUGGCUCUGUCACGACCGGCGCAAGGGAACGCACGUAUGGUUCUCUCCAGGGGCUGCUUUGGGUUGCCUGGCCAAGGAUUAGCAGGGGCUGCUGGUGGACUUAGAAGGCGUCGUUCUGCCAAGCGCACCACCUCCUACCCCCUCUCCUCAACCACUCCCUCCCCAAAGCAAGGUCCCUCCUCAGGAUCUAAAGUGUGACUGUGGUGUCUGCCGAGAGCUUCCUCCAUGGAAGCCCUCGAAGUCUGUAACGGUAGCUACGGCAAGCAGAAAGAAACAGCGGCCUUCACAGAGCCUUACACAGACUUAUGAUCGCAAUGUGGACGAGGCAGAAUCGCAGCCCUGCGGACGUCCCCGAGCUUCCCCUGAGUGUGUUACGGUGCGGGGGCCACGUGGGAAAGACUGAAAUAUUGAGGAAGCGCUCUGGAGGUGGUCACCCAUGCAGAUGCUUUGAAAAUGGUUUUCAGGUGUGGUUAUUUCGAGUGGUACGUAACUUCCUCUCGACGUCCUGCGGCUUUCCGAGUCCUGCAGCCUGCAGCUUAUGAUGCGCUGCUCAAAGACGCUUGUGGUGUUAUAUUGCCUCUCAAGUGUGACAGGCAAAUGCCCCCCUGCAGAAGUCUCUCUGUUUUUUUUUGUUUUUUUUUAAGCAAACAAACGAGGUAAUGCGUAUGUAACCAAAAGAAGGCAUUUGAAGGUGUUGUGAAAGUAAAUAUUUUAAUGUUACCAAGCAAACAAGAACAGUGUCCUGUAGCCGGUGCUUGCUUGCAGGCAGGACGUUACGUGUGACACUAUCGUUCAACAAGGUGUCUUCAGGGUGUUUGCUGCACUGCUUAGAAACGUAGGAACUCGCCCGUAGCAGAGAAACAACACUUGGAUGGGGAGCAGCUCAAUGAUAAUAGCAAUGGCAAUGCAGCAACAGAUAUUGUGCAGGGGUGCUGCAAGAUGUAUCGGAACACAAGUGCUGUGUAGUCGGACGAAGACAGCAAGAAGCAACCUGGCCUGUCAAGGAGAGAGAGAGGACACCGCACAACCUGACGUUGCUGUGUAGUUGCAAACAUGCCUGUUUUACAAGAAGUGGUACGUAACAAAUGCAGUUGCGACGUUGAUGUGUUUGUGUUCAAACAACCUUGCUGAUUCUAAGCGAUAACAUGGACCAUGGGCAGCUUCUUGAAAGGUUGGCAUUCUUAAAUGUCCUUAUGUACUAGCUAGUUGCUUGAAGUGACACACAAGCAUUGAGCUGUUGUCUUGCCGUGUACAGGAGCUCAGGCCAUUCCUUUCCGGUUGCGUUUGAAAAAGAAAGAAAAACACGAGACUCUGCAGUGUUUGCACUGUGAUUUUCUAGCUGCCAUUUUGAAAUCUGGUACGCCAAAAUUGUGGAAGGGAGCUUGACCCUGUCCAUGUGCAGUUAAAGUAGUUUGUUUAGUUGGAAUGCAUUGUGUUGUUAUGACUAUGACUCUUUGCAGAUUCUGGUGCAUAUCAUUCAUUGAUGAGGAAGUACAUCAACAAAUCUGGCAACAUGUGUUCCUUGUAAGGCUAGUCAUUUUAAUACCAAUCUGUAGAAGGUGCUGACACAUGAGUGGGAGCGAGGGACAUGUUGUAAUGCAAGAAGCGUUGCGUAUAACGAGAUGUUAAUGGAUGCACUAAGCCGAUAUUACUGAAGACCAGUAUUGCUACUCGGGUAUGGAACAUUCUACAGAUGUCAAAUAGACAAUUGGAAGCAUUUCUUCAGUUGAAAACCCUGGAGUGGGAUAUUCACGGUGAAAUAAUCGAAUAUCGGAAGCUAUGAUAGCUGACAGGAAAGGUGUGAAGCAUAACGUUUCGAAGGUACUGAUUUCCUUCAGUGAAUUUCUUUCCAUCUUUUAUAGUACAUUCCAUAAAUUAUGGCAGACACAGAUGGUGCACCAUAUGAAACGACUGAAUGUGAGUUCGAAGGAUUGCAAAUACUUCCAGGCCAUAUGGUGAGUCAAAAUUAAUUUAAAUUAAAUAAGUGGUCACUCGAUGACAUUUGUUCCAUUGUUAAUGUUGCCAUUCUGUUAAUUAUAAAUGUGAGCAGCCAUAAAAAACACCAGGAGUGGGAUUUUAGUCUUUUAUAUUAUGCUUUGGCGUAGGGCUCUAGGGAUGAACGCGAACACAUGCCUCAUGUGAGUAUGUGUGCUUUCAUUCAUGCUGCAUGCAGUAUGUAUUAGCCAUGAUCUUUUAUAUCAUUUGUUACUAGGAAUACUUUGAAUUUUUGUAGUGUUCACAAUGUUGGUUGGCAGGGUCAUGCGAUUAUUGUGCUGUGACACCAUACCUCGUUUUAAUGUUUCCCUGGAUCACCUAAAAGGGAGGCAUAUCUUUGUCUUUCCUGUUUACUCCACGGUCUUAACAAUGUGGUCUAGUCUGUGGACUUCAUUUUACAUGGCUACCCGCCCCCUAUUUUGUUCUUUUUCCUGCCAUAAGAUUUGUUACCUAGUCUAGUGGUCAUAAAUUUUGAAUUCGAAUUCAAGUUGUAAUCUGUUUGUGAAUCUAUGACUCCUUCCAAAGCAACUUUUUCUUUUUUCUGAGUGGCUGUGCAUAGAUUCUAGCUACUGUUCUUUGUACAAAGUUUUCCUGCCGGUUGGGCCAUUUUUCGGACACUUCUUUCGAGCUGUAUAGGAAUUCGAGAAUACCACACAUCUAACUUGUGUAGGAUGCAAGUUAUUGAUUAGCCUUGAAGCAUGCAGUUAGAUGAUGCUCGGAGAAGCUAAAAGGUGCUUCAAAGAAAAUAAAGGUCGGUGGUGCCCAAAAUAGACGUUAUUAAUGCGAAGAGGAUUCUCUUCAGCAAUAUAACCCUCUUUUACCUGUUUCGAAAAGUACAGUUAUAUUAGUAACAAGAACAAAAAGGCAAUGAAGCUCAAAGUUAUAGAGGGAGUUUUAUAUCCUCCUAGCAACUUAAUAGUAAUAUCAAAGUACAUAAUUACUGAUUAAGUACUUAAGUACUGCCUCUAUCUUUUUUUUUUUUUUCUUUCUCUCUCUCAUUCCGUGUCCUGGUUGUGUUUAUCUGUUCAGCGGUGAAGUGCAUUUCUGACCUAUGAGAUUUAUUCCGUUGACUGUGUGUUCUAGUCGUGUUAUCCAAGAGUCGGGGAUUAUUUUUGUAUUUUUGCUUGCACCGUGGUUUGAAAGCUCAAGCAUUCUCAAAAGGAACUAUUAUUUUGUACUUUUACUAUGGGUACAUCAUAUGUGAUUUGCUUGUGUCAAAAUGUUGUCAUCAGUAAGAAAUGCUUUGUGCUAUAAUAUCAUGGUAGAUAUGCCUAAAUGUUUACAACCUAGCAUAUGUGAAAUUGAUAUCAUCACAUGGCUGUGUGGUGACUACAGGGUGUUGGUGGCAGUGUUUUUUUGUUAGCAGCACCACACAUACAUGUCCAGAGAGAGGACAGACACAAAGGUUGUGGUAGGCAAGGCAACCAUCACAGGCCCUGCAGUCAGUUUUCAAGCUUGCAGUUCAGAAUCCAUACAUUGAAGAUGUGACAGGGCACAGAUAUCAGAAUUCCAAAAUCAGAAAGUUCUUCAGAACAUAACAUGAAUAACGGUGCCAAAAUUCUGCGAGUGAUUUCAGAAAAAUAACUCUGCUGAGAGCCUGCAGCCUAGGGGUAUCUCCUAUUGCAGGUGGGCACCAUGACAAACGUUUGCCUUAUGCCCUGCACCUAGCCCUGUGUCCAAAGCAACUGCACUUAAAACCCUGCACAUUGGAUUCAUUCAUGUGCCAUUAGAAACGACACAAUGGACGGUGUUGUCAGCCGAACAAAAUGCACAUUAGCACCAGCAUAUCUCACCAACUAUUUUGAGUGCUGUUGCUUGCACAUCUUGUAUGUGCUCUUAAUACAGUAGGCAGUAAUCUAGCUUCCACCAUUGCAUGCGUUUGAACACAAUGUUUUGCUAACACAUACAAAAGAACGUUGAUCGUCUAUGCACAUUUUGCAAGGGGUUGUUGACUGGUUUGCUUUUGCUCCUGUUCAACUGUGGAUGUCAGUCACGGUGUUACUGUUCCAAAGUAAACAGACAUUAACAUUGCCCCUGCACAUGUGUGCAAGUUAAACAUGUGCCACGACCAUGUGCACCUCCAAAGCCAAAAACGCAUCUUCGUCCAUGAUUCAUUCACAUUCUGUUUUCUUUUACAUUGCAACAACUCACUGUGAAGAAAAAUUUAGCUAUUUCCAAACGAGAAAAUAAAGAAACGUAAAUGACCUCCACUGA